GUCAUGUCAACAAAGUGGUUUAAAUCGAUAAACACGAGAAAUUAAAGCUUUAUUUCAUUAUGAAAUCAUUACAAGUGCAUGUUACUUAAUUAAUUUUAUCGCAAUGCGGCAAGUUUUUAAGAAGAAAGUAUUAUACUCUGGUGUGGUAGUUAUAGUUUUGAUUGUAUUCCUGCAUCCAGAUAUGUGUGGUCAUCGGACGUACAAAUAUAUAGAAAAGGACGAUAUAUUAGAUAAUUUGUAUUACGGGACUGCAGAUAAUUUUAGUAGUAAUGCGUUAAGUGACUGCGAGUACCGUGAUAUAUUGUUUGACGAGACUACGUUGUCGCCGGGCAUCAAGGAUGGGGAUUUGGUCGAGGGUGAUCGGAUUAAGGAAGGAGGGGAGUACGCACCGCUUGAUUGCAAACCUAAGUUCAGUACCGCGAUCGUGAUACCUUAUAGAGACAGAGCUGAACAACUGCGAGGAUUCCUCAUCUACAUGCACAUGUUCCUGAGACGUCAGCUGAUCCAUUACCGCAUCUUUGUGGUAGAACAGGUGGACUCUCGGCCCUUCAACCGAGCAAAGCUGAUGAACGUAGGCGCGGUGGUCGCCGCCCGCGCCGGCUUCCCUUGCCUCGUCCUACAUGACGUCGAUCUAUUACCGCUACGACCGGCGAAUAUUUAUGCCUGCACUAAAAACCCCAGGCAUCUGUCCUCGAGUAUCGACACGUUUAGAUUCGUCCUACCAUACCUUGGCCUUUUCGGUGGCGCCAUAGCGAUAACAACCAAACAGUACUUAGAGAUAAACGGCAUGAGCAACCAGUACUACGGCUGGGGCGGGGAGGACGACGACCUGUAUAUACGUCUGGAGGCGCACGGGUUGAAACGGUGCCGGUUCGAACCCGGGACCAGUCGGUACCACAUGCUGUCGCACCGCCACGAGCCCCGGACUAAUACUCAGAAGGUAACCAAGUUAUUAAAAAACGCAAAAGACAGACUAAAAGAGGACGGGCUGAACUCCCUCCAGUAUACAGAAGUAGCAACAGUACUCCACCCUCUAUUUACUCAUAUCAUGGUUGAUCUUUAGCAAACCUCUUACAAAUAGUAUUUUAGACACUCAGUGCUUGGUUUAUAAAAAUUAACUAAAUAUGCCACUAUAGUGACCUACUCUAGUAUUAAGACUAACUACCUAUAGUUGUAAUAAGCAAAGGUUCAUUGAUUAUAUUACACGUGUAAAGUCUAAGACAAAUAUUGUGCUUCGAAUUUGGCAGAUUCGGUUUCAGGCUUCAUACAGGCGCAGGCACCACUGGAGUGUGAUUUCUUUGUAAAAUGUUGUAAUAGCUUCAUUAUUAUAUCAAAAUCGAUUUGGUAAUGACAUUCAAAUUUCGAACAUCUAAAAAAAGCAAUUUGAUUUGACCCCUAUUCUAAUAUCAGUCGAGACGACGAUUUAUUGGAAAUGAAAUGUCAAUUGCAUACAAUUUUGACAAAUCUCACAUGUUAGUUGGUAUCGAACGAUAUGGCAAUCGACCCCAUUCUGGUUUGUCUCUGAAUAAAAAAA